AUGCUUAGCAUGGCAAAUCCAGGUAUGCGAGUGGAGUACUACAGCGCCAGCCAGGCCAACUGGAUAGCCGCCAAGGUCGUGGCCGUGAAGGACGGCAAGGUUGAUCUCGACUGCAAGGCUGACGCUGCCCUGGAGAACAUCCGCUUGCCUUCGCCCCCACCUGGCUCACAGCAGCUGUCGGACGAGCAGUUCGAAGCCAAUGAGCACGUCGAGUAUUUCGGCGCCAAGCUGCAACGCUGGAUUCCUGCAAAGGUCCUCCGCCGGAACGAGGACGGAACUUUCGACCUGGAUUGCAAGCCCCAGGUGCCCAAAGAUCGGCUCCGAAAGGCCCAGGCCCGGAGCGCUGCCAGCUCGCGCGCGGGAUCCCCUUUGAGCACGGCGCAGUGCCCUCUCUUCAAAGAAGGCGACAAGGUGGAGUACUUCAGUGGCUCCCAGAGCAGGUGGAUACCUGCAAGAGUGCUGGGUGUCACUGCAGAGGGCAACUUCAACCUCGACUGCAAGACCGACGUUGCCGCCAGCAAAAUACGACUUCCUGCCAAAAGCGACAGGUCGCAGUACCAGGUGGGCGACGCUGUCGAGUACUUCGGAGCUUCCCGCGGCUUCUGGAUUCCGACGAAGGUGUCCAGGGUCAACGAAGACGGAACCUACGACUUGGCUUGCAAGCCGCGAGUGCUUGCGGAGAACAUUCGGCAGCCCGAAAAGUCCCAGGCCAACCCGGCAGACACGCAGAGAGGCCCCGUCUACAACAUCGGAGACAUGGUGGAAUACUUCGGGGCGAGCCAAAGCCGCUGGAUCCCAGCCAAGGUGGUGUCCAUGACCCCUGCUGGCAACUACAACUUAGACGUGAAGCAGGAUGUCCCGGUGGACCGCCUUCGCUCUGGUAUGGCGCGCGCACCGGACCGGCCCGCGCCGGGGGACCCCGGCGGGCUCUCCGAGCUACGCCAGGGCGAAUGCGACGAUGCCUCCAGGUUUUGCAGUGGCGACUUUGAGCUGUGCUCUAGGCCCGUGUUCACGGGCAGUGCGUGCAUCCGUCAGCGCAGAUUCACCAUCGCCCCUGCAUCUACACAUCUACUGAAGCCCCUCUGCCUGACCAGGCGUGACGCAGCCGCAUGGAUGGGGCGCGCCCUCAGGGGCAGAGGUGUGGCCGAGGGCGCGGUUUCGCGCGAGGCUUUCCACCGGCUCGAAGAAGCGAGGCGGCGGCUGCCGCUGGGCUACCACCAUGGGCUGGUCGACCUGCAGGUCAAGCAGCAGGAGCUCACUGAGCAGAACACGCUCGAGGCUCAGAUCAAGCAGCUUCGCAAGGAGCCCUCUUUGUUGCUGAACCUGGAUCGUGGCAUGUGCCGAGAACCGGACGUGACGGCUUUUCGCAGUCUCCGUGAGCAGCUGGAGGAGCAGCGCAGGGAGGGCGCAACCCUGGAGCUGGAGAUUCUCAAGGCCCAGAUUGGAGCCUCCGACAAGUCUGAGGAGGCAAAGGAGGUGAAACACGAGGUUGAGACCAAGACGCAUGAGAUCGUGAAGGCUCUGCAGAUGCUGUCUGAGCACCAGCAAGCGACUUUCCAACAUGUGGCUACGCUGACAUCGGACAUGCUUCGGGCGUGCUCGCAAUCUCGCAGCCCUGCUCCCGGGGAAGUGCUGACCAACAGAAUCAGAGGCUUGGAGGCUGCGAAUGGCCACACCACUCAGAGCACUUCACAGCCCUCCCUCCCUAGCGAGGCCCGGGCAGCGGAGCCGGAGAAGGCCUUCCCCUGCACGAGGCCCAGCGAGGAGGAUGUGGGCGAGCUGCCCUGGUUCCAAGCCAUGAAAGCGAACCUCGAGGAGUUUGGGGAUGUCGAGGUCUUCUUAGAGCAGCAGCCACAGGAGUGCAUGAGCUGCUGCCAACCGAUAGAAGCUGACUAUCGGGCGCGGCCCCGGAAAUGCAGCCAUGUGUUCCACGUGGAGUGCUUGCUUCAGUGCUGGAGCGAAGGGGUGUGCCCGGUCUGCGGCGUGUCUUUCGCUCCGGAGGCUGGGCUUGGCACGACCUCCAAAACUGCCUGGACAUGA